AUGACCACUACCUACCACCUACAACCCCUCAACCAUCAACUACCACCAGUCAUCGCUCAGUGCCACCAUCCACCCACCUCCACUACCCACUAUUAUUACCAAAUAUCCAUCACCACAACCAAUAACCCACUAUCACCAUCCACCACCACCACAAACCUCUACCACUACCAGCCACCACCACCCAUCACUACCACCUGCUACUACCACCCCACCUAUCACUCACUAAAACCACCACCUCUACCACCAUCACCACCUAUCAUUAUCACCUGUCUCUACCACCCAUCACCACCACCCACCACCAUCAUCCCAAUUACCAACCACCACCCACCUACCAAUAUUACCACCCAUCACCUACGAAAAUCACCACCCACUGCCACCACCCACCACUACCAUCAACCACCACAGCAAAGAACUACCACCCCUCACCUAUAA